AUGGCCACCUGGCUGGAUGCCACGGCCUUCCUAGAGCGGGGCUGCGGAGCCCUCCAUCCCGAGGAGCUGGUGCAUGGCGAAGACUUCAGCCUGUAUGAGGCCAUGCUUGCCAUUCAGAUUGGGGACACCAAGAUGGACAUCGGCCUGCGGCGAGAGCAGGGCCCGAGCCUGGCAGAGGAACUGGCGUCGGGGCAUGCACCCCUCGCCCUCUCCCUGGCGACUCUGGAGCAGCUUGGCAUGCAGCUGAUGCAGGCAGAAGCCACCUGGCACCUGGGGUCCAUGCUCCCCACCACCGUCUUCUCCUCCCUCUACAUGCUCGACAUCCCAAGGCUCGUGAGCAACCCCGUCCUGCAUGCGCUGUGCCUCUCGGUGCAGCAGAGCUGCACCCUGGUGCAUGACCUCCUGCUGAACGGCCAUGUCUGCGAGGAUGAGGACAUCAGCAUCCACACCUUUGGCAUGAGAAUCCUGGGGGCCCCAGGGACCACCGCCCUCCCGCAGGCCUGUGCCGCCCUGCGCUCGGCUGUGGAGGACCUGGGCAGUGAUGCUCCCGGGCUGGCAGCCCACCUCUCCUUCCGCCUGCACUGCCUCCAGGGCCUAGAGCGGAUGCUGGCCGCAAACGCGGAUGGCAUCGACGCUGGGGUCGCGCAGCUCGAGCUCGCGCUGGGCUGCCUGGAGGCCGUCUCGGCAGCGGCGUCCAGCGACGCGGCUACAGAUACCGCGGCCGACGGCUCCUGUGGCCCCAGGAGCCUGGGUUUUGUCCCCGGCAUCAACGUCCGGCACAUGGGGCUGGCCCCGCCGCGCGCUCUGGCCUGGGUGAGCGCCAGGCCGGCGGCGGCGCACUGGCGCGGCGUGCUGCGCGCGCUGUGUGACGCCGCGCGAGCCGUGCGGGCGGUGCGCACCUGGCCCCAGCUCCGCGCGGCGCUGGUCACGCUUGCGGCCAGGGACAGCCACGCGAUCGUGCGCUCGACGCUGUACGCCAUGCUGACCAAGCCCAUGACCGCGGCGCGGCAGGCCGCGGGCUCCGUCACUACCCCGGCGCCCGGCGCGCUCCCACCCUGGUGCCCCUCCUGGGCCAUGGCGGCCGCGACCCUGGGCCUGCGCCGCGGCAACGAUCCCUGCGGCCCCGUCGCCCAGUUCCUGGAGCAGGCGGGGGUGGGCCUGGCGGGGUGGGUGCACACCGCCUGCCUCAACCGCUGCCGCCAGCGCCGGCGGCACCGCCGCCAGCUGGCAGACUGGGCCAACCUCCUGGACCACGCGGCCCUGGCCCAAUCGUCCCCGGGGUACGCCGCCAGCCGGCGACGGGACGUGCGCAGGGGCCAGGUGGAGUGGGUGGAGAGCGAGGCGGCGGGCUCGCAGCUGCUGCACCUCCAGCUCGGCUUCCCCUUGAACCUGUACGCCCCCGCCGAGUUCGUCACGCUGUACUGGUACUGCGACUACCUGCUCCUGGCGCGGCGCGGGCGAUGGGGCUCGGCGCCGGAGGAGGCGGUGGCCGACGUGGAUCGCGCCGCCUGCCAGGCCAUGGUGGUGCUUUGCCAGGGCGUCGCCGCCGCCGCGGGGGCGUGCAUGCGCCGCCCUCCCUCGCCCUUCAACACCGCCGAGGACGUGUUUGAGCAGCGCUUCGGCUGCAUGCGCUCCGUGGCGCGCCCCGAGGCGCUGACGCUGGGCCACUACCGCGCCAGCCAGGCGGCCGUGGAGGCGGGGGCCGUCAGCGCGGCGGCGCUGCUCCUCGGCGCGGCCACGCGCUUUGGCGCGCUGGUCGGCGCGGCCGCGGGCCUGCUAGCGGGGACGGCGGUGGACCUGGCGCCGGCGCAGGAGCGGCACCUGGCGGGGCUGCGCCGCAUCGCCACCCAGAACGGGCUGGCGGCGCAGCUGCUGAUGAAGGGCACGGCGGGCGAGGCGGCGCCCACCCUGGUCCCCACCUGGGACUUCAGCGUGGCGCGCGAGCACAGCACCUGCAUGUUCUUCCCCAUCCUGGGCCUGAAGCGAGCGGAGUGA